AUGCCUUCACUAUUCCCUACCGGCUUGUUAGAGGCCAAAGUUGCUUUGCAUGAUCCCUAUUUAAACCAUGGGGCAUGUCUCGGAACAUCUGAAAACUUGAAAAGAACACCUUUUCCUGCAUGGAGUGUUGCUGAGGAUUUCAAAAAACAUACAGGGCCUUCUCAAGGAACCGGCAACGCAGCUCCGAGUGGGCGAGGCCCAGCCGGCAAGAUCGAGCUUUACUCAGGAAAAUACUAUGCAGCCUGUAUAACAGGAGGCAUACUUGCAUGUGGAUUAACUCAUGCGGCCGUGACCCCCAUGGACCUAGCAAAAUGCAGGCUUCAGGUUGACCCAACAAUGUAUAAAGGCAUUAUUGAUGCCUGGGGGAAGAUUGGCCGUGCCGAAGGCAUUCGAGGGAUUUUUACGGGGUGGGGCCCAACGUUCUUUGGAUACUCGGCCCAAGGAGCGUUCAAAUAUGGCGGAUAUGAAUUCUUCAAGAAAUACUACUCUGACCUGCUAGGAGAGGACAUUGCUAACGCUGGAGGACACCGGUUUAUCUUGCCGCAAGCCGUAAAGGUCCGGAUGCAGACUACCAUCCCCCCAUUUGCAAGAGGGACAUUUACUGCCAUCUCGCAUGUCACCGCUAAGGAAGGUGUAUCAGGCCUUUAUAAAGGGCUCUACCCGCUCUGGGGGCGGCAGAUCCCAUACACUAUGAUGAAAUUUGCUUCGUUUGAGAAGGUCGUUGAGAUGAUUUACAACUAUCUUCCUGGCCAGAAAUCAGACUAUAACAAGGGAGCCCAAACGGCGGUUGCAUUUGCUGGUGGGUAUGUGGCUGGUAUUCUGUGCGCAGCCGUAUCCCAUCCUGCAGAUGUGAUGGUGAGCAAGCUUAAUGCCAAUCGCUUACCGGGGGAGGGCUUUGGAGCCGCCAUGGGACGCAUUUAUAAGCAAAUUGGAUUUGCAGGGUUAUGGAACGGUCUCCCUGUGAGGAUUGUUAUGGUCGGAACCCUGACUGGCCUACAAUGGAUGAUAUAUGAUUCAUUCAAGAUUUUUAUGGGCCUACCAACUACUGGUGGCCCGGCACCGGCCAAGCAGACUUCCUAA